ACGAGGGCACAACCAGAGCUGCCCUCGGAGCCCGCUGUGGGCACAGCUGCAGAGGCCAGUACAGAGCCACCUCCUGCCACCAGCUCCUCUGGACACAGGGCUGGGGCUGGCCAGGGCAGUCCAGGCUGCUGCAGCAUGUGAGAGCCCGAGCCAGCACGCAGCGGGGCCGAGGGAGCAAAGGGAACCUAGCUGGAAGCUUCUCUAGAGGAAGAUGGAGAACCCACUUCUUUUAUUCCCCCAACUCAACAUUUCUGCUUCAAAGGAUAAACCCUAUUACAAAGUCAUGAAACCAGCGAUUAAGGAAGAACCAAACAAGGCAAGCAAGCCUGGAGCUAAGCAGAAGAGAAAUAGGCUGAGCCUGCUCCUGCAGAAACCUGAAUUCCAUGAAAGCGAUCACCUUGGCAAAGCUGGAAACUUGACAAAAGCAGCAAGCAGUGUGUCUCCUGAAGAAGCAGUGAAAUGGGGAGAGUCUUUUGACAAACUACUUUCUGAGAAAGCUGGGCUGGAUGCCUUCACAAAGUUUCUGAAAACUGAGUUCAGUGAGGAGAACAUCGAAUUCUGGAUCGCCUGUGAGGAUUACAAGAAAAGCAAAAGCGCACAUGAUCUUCUGCCAAAAGCCAAGACCAUUUUUGAAACAUUCAUACAGAAAGAUGCUCCAAAAGAGGUGAAUCUGGACUUUCACACCAAGGAAGUCACAAGCCAGAGCAUGGGGCAGCCCCUGCGCAGCACCUUCGACGCGGCGCAGAGCACGGUGUACCGGCUGAUGGAGCAGGACAGCUACCCGCGCUUCCUGCGCUCCGCCGCCUACCGGGGCCUGCUGCAGGGCCGGCCCGCGGCCCGCGCCGCGCUCCGCCGCCGCUCCCGCUCCUUCACCGUCAGCGACUUCCAGGGCGUGCGGCCGGACCUCACCGUGUGGUGACAGCCCGGCUCAGCCCUCCUCACCCCGUGUGGUGACAGCGCAGCUCAGCCCUCC